CUCCUUCCAUCUUCCAACCCUGAAAAAGCAGCCCUUCUGCCGACAGGCUCUUGCCGUGCAUUAAGGACCAAACUUGAUAGGAUCGAGAAUUACGGGUUCCUACUAGUAGCUGGUUCAUCAUGUCGAGUGAAUCACCAUUACCUCAACCGGUGAAGAACGUGGUUCUUGACACUGCUUCUCUUCCACCAUCUUCCUCAGCAUCGAUCUGGGACCGUGUCUCGAAAUGGGUGUCGGAAAAUAAGGCUCUUGUUUAUACCAUUGCUGGUGUCGCCGUCGUCGUGACCAGUGCGGGUGUUGUCUAUUAUCUUUCCGACUCGAGCAAGCCUGCUCAAGCUCCUCAGCCUACAGAGAAGAAGAAGAGCAAGAACCAGCGACGCAAGGAGAAGGAGAAGGAGAAGAAGAGGGCUGAAGAGAAGGAGAAGGCCAAGGCUGCUGCUGCCCAGGAUGAGAAGAAGAAGGCCGAAGAAUCCCCUGAAGAACUUCCCGAAGUCGAUGAAGCUACUGUUGAACAGCUGUCGGAAGAGACACGGAAAGCUUAUGCCGCAAAGCUGAAGGCUGCCGGCAACAAGGCUUACGGCUCUAAAGACUACAAUAAAGCGAUCGAACUUUACGGAAAGGCUAUUAUUUGCAAACCUGACCCCGUCUUCUACUCCAACCGUGCUGCCUGCUACAACGUCCUGUCGGAAUGGGAGAAGGUCGUUGAGGACACCACCGCUGCCCUUUCAAUGGAUAGUGAGUAUGUCAAGGCCCUGAACCGGAGGGCUAUUGCAUAUGAACACCUUGAGAAGUUCAGCGAGGCUCUUCUCGACUUCACUGCGAGCUGUAUCAUCGACGGCUUCUCCAACGAAGUGAGCCGUGUUGCCCUUGAGAGACUUUUGAAGAAGGUUGCGGAACAGAAGGGUAAAGCCAUUCUGGAAGCCAAGGGAAAGAAGCUCCCUAGCCCGACCUUUGUGUCCAACUACCUCCAAAGCUUCCGUCCUAAGCCCCUCCCAGAAGGCCUUGCCGAAUCUGUCGAACUGAGCGAGGAUUCUGGCAAGGGCCAGCUGCGCAAGGGUCUCCUUGAAAUGGUCAAGAAAACCGGCGAUGGCUAUGAGGCGGCUGCUGGAGCCUUUGAAAAGGCUUUGGAACUUGGCGACCUCGGUGAAUUCGAGGCUCUGGCCCUUAACUUGAGAGCUACAUUCACUUACCUCGAAGGCAAUGCCCAAGCUGCCCUGACUGAUCUCAACAAGAGCGUUGAACUUCAGCCAUCGUUGGUUCAGAGCUAUAUAAAGCGUGCUAGCUUGAACCUUGAACUUGGAAACAAGGAUGCCGCCCUGGACGACUUUGAGCUCGCCAUCUCCCACAACAAGGACGACGCUGACAUCUACUACCACCGCGCUCAGCUUCACUUCAUCCUUGGCGAGUUCGCAGAAGCCGCUAAGGACUACCAGAAGUCAAUCGAUCUUGACCGUACCUUCAUCUACUCCCAUAUCCAGCUCGGUGUAACACAAUACAAGAUGGGAUCUGUCGCAUCCGCUAUGGCCACGUUCAGGAGGUCGGUGAAGAACUUUGAGGACGUUCCAGAUGUCUAUAACUACUAUGGUGAACUUCUUCUCGACCAACAGAAUUUCUCCGAGGCCAUCGAGAAGUUCGACAAGGCCGUGGAGAUGGAGAAACAGAGCAAGCCAAUGGGAAUUAACGUUCUGCCUCUCAUCAACAAGGCGCUUGCUUUGUUCCAGUGGAAGCACGACUUCCAAGAAGCCGAAAACUUGUGCCAGAAAGCUUUGAUCAUUGACCCCGAGUGUGACAUCGCCGUGGGAACCAUGGCCCAGCUUCUUCUGCAACAGGGCAAGAUCUCCCAGGCCCUGAAGUAUUUUGAAAGGGCCGCGGAAUUGGCCCGUACGGAAGCCGAGAUCAUUAACGCUAUCUCAUACGCAGAGGCAACUCGAACACAGCUCGAAGUGCAAGAGAAAUAUCCCCAGCUCGCUGCACGCCUGCAGACCAUGAGCGCUGGCUUCGGUGGCCCCCCGGGUCUGUAAAUUGAGACAUGUUUCCUUUAAUUUCUGGAUUUGAAGUGACCAAGACGUACAUGUUGGGUUAAUAGUGUUUGUUAUUUUUCCUUUCUCCCACCUCCAUACCUCAGCUGGAACGAACAGGCCCAGGGUUCAUGUCUGGCUAUAAUCCUUUUCUUUUGAGUCUCUUCUGAUACAUUUAGGGCGCCGGAGCCUUUUCACCUGCGCAUGUACUUACUAUCUUUGUUUCCCCCGUUUUUCAUAUAUUCUCGGCCCCCUUGUUCAGGUAAUACAACGGGGAUCGCCUUCGUUCUUGUUCUUUCCCCCUAGUUAUAUUUCACUUUCUUUUUGACGCAGCGUCGGGCUUUCUUGUGGAGGAAGAACGACUGAAAUGAGCAGGAGAGCAGUGAAGGCAUGUCCUACGCCUGCGGUGUCAAGUUUCACUGAGAAGGCGGGACGGAAUUAUGUAUCAUAGCCAAUGGAAGAGUUGGAAGCAUGUUAAAAAGAGUUUACGCUGAAUCCCUUCUCCAGAUUAGUAGGUAUUUAAUGGUCUAGACCUGCGUUUGUUGGAAAGCCACAUUGAUACUCUUGUAGUUGUGAAUGAAUCUGAUGCUUCGCAACCAUGGGCCAAGAACACUCGGUCUGAGGUUUAUAUAUGGUUACAGCGUUCCACCCUAAGGUAAACAGCUCAUGAUAUGGUCAUGGGGUG